AUGGCUGACCGAGAAAACCAAAUAAUUCCAAUGGAAAUUGAAGCACCUCGCAAACGGCCAAAUCAAUUAGCAGAGGGUAAACUGAAGGCGAAUAAGAAGCGCGUCGUGCUGAGUGAGCUCACCAACACCUUAUCCAUUGUGUCCGGGCCGAGCCCGAACUCGGAUAUGGGGAAAACCCGGGUUUGCGGCCCGGAAUCCCUUUCCGAGAGGACGGGAAAUGGGAUCAAUUCGGGCUUGGAGGUUAUGACGGAAUGUGACCAGCCGCAAAAAGUUGGGUAUGCUGCUUCGAUAUUUCAACAUUUGCACUCCUUGGAGGGUGAGGUGAAAAGGAGACCUUUGUCUAAUUACAUGGAGAAAGUUCAGGAGGACAUAAACCCAGCAAUGAGGGGAAAGCUAGUUGAUUGGCUAGUAGAAGUUGCGGAGGAGUACAAACUUGUUUCAGACACGCUUUAUCUCACUGUAAACUAUAUUGACCGAUAUCUAUCGACUCAUAAGCUGCUCAGAAGCAGGCUUCAGCUUCUUGGUGUAUCUUGCAUGCUUGUUGCAUCAAAAUACGAAGAAAUCAAACCCCCGUACAUAGAGGAUUUUUGCUAUAUGACGGACAAUAUGUACACAAAAGAUGAGGUUAUGAAUAUGGAGAGAGAAAUUCUCAAAUUGUUAAAUUUUGAGAUGGGUAACCCAACUACUAAAACUUUUCUCAGAUUUUUUACCGGAGUUGCCCAGGAAAAACUCGUGUUUUCAAAUCUUCAGUUUGACUUUUUAUGUAAUUAUCUUUCGGAGCUAAGUUUAUUGGAUUACGGUUGUGUUGGCUACAUUCCAUCACUGGUGGCUGCCUCGGUCAUAUUUCUUGCAAGACUGAUUAUGCAGCCAGAAUCUCACCCAUGGACCCAUGCAUUGCAAAAGCACACCGGUUACAAACCAUGUGAAUUGGAAGAGUGUGUGCUCAGACUUCACAGUCUGUUUCUCAAAAGUGAAACAGAUUCACAAGCUGUGAGGCAAAAGUAUUCAGAUCACAAGUUCAAAUAUGUUGCCUCAAUGAAUUGGCCCUUUGAGAUUCCUUCAAGCUUUUUUCAGUUUUCACAAGAAUGA